ACUUCCAUAGACCGAGAGAGAGAGGCUCCCUCGACUGCAAUAAUUCUGCAGCCAUUCUAACUCCAACCCCAACCUGUUUUCUCUCUCCUUCCGCGCGAUCACUUCCUCUUAGUCUUCCUCAAUUCACCUUCACACUUUUCUUCCCCUCUUUUGGUUUUGCAAUCUCAAUUCUCUAACAUAUUCGUUGCUGAUUUCUUCUUCAUUGCUCCAAUUCAAUCCAAAAAUCCUCUCCAUUCGUAGAUUAAUUUCGUUUUUCUCUACUAAGAAACCUCAUACUUAAUUGAUUGACUUCUUGCUUGAUUGAAGACGAUGGCAACUCCGGCGCCUCUGAUUAAGGUGGAAAGAGCUCACCAGAUGUACCGUGAGGGGCGCUACAGCGAAGCCUUAGGGCUGUAUUCGGAUGCGCUUGCUGUUGCGAAGGCUAAAGCUCAGAAGAUCGCUCUUCAUAGCAAUCGCGCUGCUUGCUUUCUUAAAUUGCACGACUUUAAGAAGGCAGCUGAUGAAUGUACAUCUGUUCUUGAGCUGGAUAAUAAGCACACUGGAGCAUUGAUGUUGCGUGCUCAAACUUUGGUCACAUUGAAGGAGUAUCAGUCAGCACUUUUUGAUGUCAAUCGUCUCCUUGAGCUGAAUCCCUUGUCAGAAGUAUAUGUAAACCUUCAGGCACGUUUAAAAACACAAUUGUCACUUGCUCCAAUACCCGAGGUAGAAAGUGAGCUUGAGGAAGAGGAUGAAGACAUAGAUGCAGAUAUGUUGAAAAGCUCCAAGGAGUCGGAGGAUAGAGAAGGAAAAUAUGGAAAAAACACAGCAGCAGGUACAGUUGAGAAACCUGAGGCAAAUGUCCACACAAUUAAUGGAUUCUUAACCCCUAAAACCAACGGCGGCCAGAAGUUUUCUGAUUCUCAUUCUAAGGGAUGGCAAACAAUCCCCAAACCAAAGGGACAUUCCAGACUUGACUAUUCACGUUGGGACAGCGUAGAAGAUGGUUCUAGUGACGAUGAUUAUGAUGAAGAAGAUGAAUAUACCCGGCCCCAGUAUAAGUUUCGUGUGAAUACUGUAGAUGUCAGACCAGUUAAGUGAAUGCUCAUAGAUUGAUAGUACAUGAUCUUUUCGUGGGGAAGCAACGUUAUAUAUUUGUGAAAUCUUGUCGGAACAUCUGUGCGGCAAAUCUGUAUCAAGUGAGUGAUUUUCAAUAGAGGUGCUGACGUCAGGCAAACCAUUCUUUUGUAAUGAUGUCCGGUGCUCUAGGGUCCUUUUGUAAUGAUGUCCGGUGCUCUAGGGUCCUUGCUAGUUGAUCUUAAUGGUGCUGCUGCCUCUCGUUUUAUACAUAGUAUACCAAUCUAUUCAGCGACUUUAAAGUUUCCCAAAGACAUGGCACAAUGUGAUGAUGUAGAUGUGUUUUUAGCAGGAGAACUACUUUAUUUGUACAUUAUACUAUACAGGUUCUUUGUGGAGAUGGUGAUGUAUAUACAUGAAGCAUUCAAUUGA